UUUUCCCCCCAUUUCUUCCCCCAUUUCCCUCUCCUCUUCCCUUUCUUCUUUCUCGUCUUCUCCCUUCCUUCUCCCCCCACCCCUUUCCCCAUCUCUCCAAUCUCCCAUUUCCACCAUUCCCUUCCCCCCACCUUUACCCCCAGCACAGGACCCCAUCCAUCCCCAUUGUGGCUGGGACCAGGGCAGGAGCAGCGCCAGGAGCAGGGUCCCCCCGCCAUCCUUUCCCAAUCCCGCACACCUCAUUUUGGGGCCGGGGCAGCGGGGGGAGCACAGCCCGUCCUGUCCCCCCCACUGUACAUAGCUCACCUGUGUGUCGCAUCACCCGCCCCCGCCAUAGGAAUAACGUAGUCCUCCCCGGCCCCUUAUUGUGACCAGAGAUACUGAUGAUGACAAGUGACAAAUGGUUGGGGUUGGGGGUUGGGGGUGGAAGGUGUUGGGUGAGCGGAGGGGGUUGGGGGGCCUCUCUUUCACAUUUUGUACAGAGAACAAGAAAUCCCUCGGGGGGGAAAAACAAAAACAAAGAGAGAAAAAAAUAAUUGUCUUUUGACCGAAGUCACUUUUCUGGUGCUGUUGUUCAUUCGUUCCUUUCUUUAUGCUUUUUUAUUUAUUUCCCCCCCCCUCCCAGCCUCCUCCCCCUUCCCCCACCGUGCUCCCACCUCUGCCGCUGCUUCCCCCGGCCCUCAACCACCUUUCUUUCUUUUAUCCCCCUCCCAAAUCCCCCCUUUUUUUGUUAAUUUUUAAUUAUUUUUUUGGUGGUAAUUCCCCCCUCCUUUCCUCCCCUCCCCCCCACCCAAACUCAUUUCCCACCCAGCCCUUGAUUUCAAUAGUCACCGCUACAAGUAACGAAUGCACUGUGAAGAUUCCAGUAUUAAUAAAGGUUGUACUGUAAUUAAUAGCCUUGCCCGUGGUGGUCUAUGAUGAGUGGAGUGCCAUGGUCUCCCUAUGGUUGAACCCAACGGUGUUGUUGGGCGGUUCCACCAAGAGGAACCAUGGGUGGUGGGAUCCCAUUGCAACGUGACGCAUCUCUGCUCCCUCCCCGGGGGGUGUUCACAGCGUCACCUGCACCACCCCAAUAAUUACAGGGUGAUUUCCCAAUGGUGUGGGGGUGGCCGCCCUACCCAACCCAUUGCAGCAUGGAGGGGCUGAGUGCCCGCAGUGUGCUGGUGACGGGCUGCGAUGGGGGUAUGGGGCUGGGGCUGCUCAAACGCUUCCUGGAGCUGCCCACCCCCCCUCAGUGCCUCUUCGCAGCCUGCACUGACCCUGAUGGAAAGGCUCUCAACGAGAUGGCUUUGGGCAGCCCCAACGUCGUGGUCCUGCCUCUAGAUGUGACGGACCCCAGCAGCAUCCAGGCUGCAGUGGGCAGGGUGCAAGAGGAGCUGCGUGGUGCUGGGCUCAACCUCCUGAUCAACAGCGCCGGGGCCAGGCGCCACAGCACACUGGCCAAUGAGUCUGCUGAGAACAUGGCCCUCCUUUACGCCACCAACACCAUUGGGCCCCUGCAGACCAGCCAGGCAUUCAUGCCCCUGCUGAAGAAGGCUGCAGAGGAAAAUGGAGGGCAGGGGCUGAGCUGUGGCAGAGCAGCCAUAGUCAACAUCUCCAGUGUCCUGGGCUCCAUCGAGGUGGCAGAUGCCUGGGAUGAGAGGCAGGACGUGUCCUAUCGCUGCAGCAAGGCUGCUCUCAACAUGCUCACCAAGUGCCUGGCCCUGGAGUACGGUGACAGUGGGAUCCUCUGCGUGUCUGUGGAUCCUGGCUGCGUGGUACCGCCACCAGGAGGUGGGAUGGGACCGGUGACAUUGGAAGAGAGCACCCAAGGUGUCCUGCAAGUCCUCGCCAACCUCUCCACCACCAGCAAUGGCACCUUCUGGGACUGGAAGGGACAGAGGCUGCCAUGGUGACCACAGCAUCCAUGUCCCCAGCUGCCGAGCUCAAU